GACUACAAGUUGCGGUUGCGUAAUACGCACUUAGCGUAAACAAGUGCGCAAAAUUAAAAUCAGUCAAAAUUUGUACAAACCAACCAAAAAUUAGGCCUUCUCAGUCAUCACCGACGAGACGAUCCAUUUCUAUCCCCUAAUCUACCAUACACGAGGCGGCAUAAAUCAUCCCAUUUCAAUAAUCUCGAUUCUUCUGCCGCCAUGGAUGUUCCUAGCUCCUGGGACGCCCUGCGAAAACAGGCUAGGAAACUUGAAGCACAACUUGAUGAGCAGAUGAAUUCAUACCGCAAACUGGUUGCUACUAAAGUUGAAACUGCAGAUAAUAAUCUUGAGUCUGGAAUUGAACAAUUAUUAAAGCAUCUUGAUCUAGUAAACAACCAGAUGCGAGCGUGGGUGUCAUCUGGAGGCUCUGAGAUGGUUUCUCACACCUUAACCAGGCACCAAGAGAUUCUUCAAGAUUUGACUCAGGAAUUUUAUCGGCUUCGGUCUAGCUUUAGAGCUAAACAAGAACAUGCGUCAUUGCUUCAAGAUUUCAGGGAAUUUGAUCGGAGCAGGUUAGACCUAGAAGAAGGAGGUGAUUCGGAUGAGCGAGCUUUGUUAAAGGAGCAUGCAUCAAUCGGCAGAAAUACAAGACAGAUGGAUUCUGUAAUUUCUCAAGCACAAUCUACCCUUGGUGCACUUGUACUUCAGCGUUCAACUUUUGGGGGUAUCAAUUCAAAGAUCAGUAAUGUUAGCAGUCGUCUUCCAACGGUGAAUCAAAUUCUUGCUUCCAUAAAGAGGAAAAAAUCAAUGGACACUAUCAUACUUUCGCUUGUUGCAUCUGUAUGCACAUUCCUCAUUUUCUUAUACUGGGCGACCAAGUAGAGCAACUUGAUUGGGUAUUUUGUUGCGACUUUAGGGAUCUCUUCUGCUUUAUCAUUAGAGGCUAUCGGAUACUGGUCAUAUCCUCACUCUUAUCAUUUAAUUUCACAUGCUGUGUUCUUUACUGUACACAUUGCCUUCAUCGGAAGGGGUCUAAAAUCCAUGCCAAGGAAGAAAAGAAAGGAAUGAAAAGUAAACACGAUUGACUACAGCAUUUUUUGUUCGUAAUGUUUCUCUGUAGAUUCGGUACUCAGUAUAUAAGUUCUGUGUGAAUCUUUUGGUAUAGGUUGUGCUUCUCAUUAUGUGUGAAUCUUCCCAUUGCUGCGUAAGUUGAAUCCUAUCUUACAAGUAUUAGAAAAGUUCCAUUUUUCGUACAAUGAAAGGAAACAUUAUUAUGUACUUGUAAUUUUUUAUGACAAAAUUUGAUUGGCAAUUUUUCAACGAUAUGAAAUCUGGUGUUGUUUA